UCAUCGUGCGUCUGUCUCAGUCUCUGACACACGGCGCAGGGAGCACAAGCCUAUCUUCGUUUGCUUGUGUUACAGAGGGAAUAUUUAACGGGUUAAUUUUCUUUGCCUCAUGGGCAUAUUGGAUAUUCUGAAAUAAAUGAGUCCGAAAGUAGCAGUUAUAUUUCUUUGUAAAUACUGGUAACCGUUGGCGUAAUUGGGUGGUCCACCAAGGAACAGCAAUAUGACUGAGAUGGUUUUUCAGGACGCGGAUCUUGGUGAAAACGAACUGUUUAAUGUUUUUAAAGGCAUUUUCGGCUCUAUGUGAUAUGUGUUUCAUGUGUUUACGCGCAACAGUGAGGUAGAAUUCUCGUCCAAAUUGGACCGCAUAUCAGAGGGAUCCGGAGCUGGGUGAUUUAUUUGGUGAAUGCGGCGGCCAGGGUCGGUGUCUGAGCGCUGCUGGAGCAGCGAGUGGCGGGGCAUGAUUUCUCAAAUGUUUCAGUUCGCGCGGCGCAUUUGGAUUAUUUCUCCAGAGAUGCUCCUGCUUCCCAUGUUUUGGUUUUUGUCUCAGGCUCUUGCAGCACCAUCUCUGACGGCCGAACAGAUGGAUAUGGGGGUGGACUGGCUGAGUAAGUUUGGGUAUCUCCCACCCCCUGACCCGGUGACUGGACAGCUCCAGACCAAGGAGGCCCUGACCAAAGCCAUCAAAGCUAUGCAGAAGUUUGGAGGACUGGAGGAGACCGGAGUGCUAGACCAAGCCACCCUGGGCCUGAUGAAGACCCCGAGGUGUUCCCUCCCGGACCUGUCUGAGACAGAGGCGGUGGUGGGCCGCAGGAGACGAGCCCUGACGCCCCAGAACAAGUGGAGCAAGAGACACCUCUCCUGGAGGAUUCGUACCUUUCCUAAGGAGUCUCCUCUGUUGGGUCGAGAUACGGUACGAGCUCUCAUGUACUACGCCCUCAAGGUCUGGAGUGACAUCUCCCCCCUCAACUUCCAUGAAGUUGCGGGCAACGACGCAGACAUCCAGAUCGACUUCACCAAGGCCGACCACAACGACGGGUACCCUUUCGAUGGGCCGGGAGGCACCGUGGCACACGCCUUCUUCCCCGGAGAGAGGUUCACGGCCGGGGACACCCACUUUGAUGAUGAUGAGGCCUGGACCUUCAGAUCACCAGACUCUCACGGGAUGGAUCUGUUUGCGGUAGCAGUGCAUGAGUUUGGUCAUGCUAUUGGCCUGGCCCACACCUCAGCAAUAGAGUCCAUCAUGAGGCCGUACUACCAGGGUCCUGUGGGGGACCCACUCAAGUACGACCUCCCUUAUGAGGACAAGGUCCGCGUCUGGCAGCUCUACGGGGUGAGAGAUUCAGUGUCUCAUACGGCGCGUCCUGAUGAUCCCUCCCAGACGGCUGACCCACCUGUACUACUGGACCUCCCUGAGAACAGAUCUACUGUCCCGCCGGCACGAGAUGCCCCUAACAGGUGCACUAGUCACUUCGAUGCAGUGGCCCAGAUUCGUGGAGAGGCCUUCUUUUUCAAAGGGAAGUAUUUCUGGCGUCUGACGCGGGAGAAGCACCUGGUGUCUCUGCGUCCGGCUCAGACCCACAGGUUCUGGAGAGGUCUGCCUACCAACCUGGACAGCGUGGACGCUGUCUACGAGAGACCUGGGGACCACAAGAUCGUCUUCUUCAAAGGACUAAAGUAUUGGAUAUUUAAGGACAACAACGUGGAGGAGGGUUAUCCUCGGCCAAUCAGUGACUUCGGCCUGCCUAUGGAGGGCGUAGACGCGGCCUUUGUGUGGCUCCACAAUGACAAGACCUACUUCUUCAAGGACAACCGUUACUGGCGCUAUGACGACCAUCUACGGCGUAUGGAUCAGGGCUACCCAAAAGACAGCACACUGUGGAAGGGGAUCCCGUCCCCACUAGACGACGCCAUGCGAUGGUCUGACGGCUCCUCAUACUUCUUCAAGGGGAAGGAGUACUGGCGUGUGGUGGGCAGUGAUAUGGAGGUGGAGGCUGGGUACCCACGGUCCAUAGGAAAGGACUGGCUGGUGUGUACAGAGAUGCAGUCGGACUCCCCAGCCACAGAGGCCAAUAACACGGCUAACACGCGGCUACACGGGCAGCACCACGCCGACCACGCCGAAAACGGCUACGAGGUGUGCUCCUGCACCUCCAACUCUGCCUCGCCCUUGGGAGCCCAGCCCUCCCCCUCCCCCCUCUGGCUACUUGCCCUCUUGACUCUCUCUGGGGUACUAUCCUACGUCCCUCUAUGAUGUAAGCAGAGGGGAGCGGCCUCACUCUGUGACAGGAAGUACAGCAGCCAAUCUGCUGAGAGCGGGGCGGGGGAGUGGCUUAAGGGGCUUUUCGCCUGGGUACUGCCAGACCAGCUACACCAUCGAAUCAAAACGAUGACUGGAGGAAUUUGUUGUUAUUGUUAUCUUAAUUGGGAUCCUCAUUGUUAAUUUGUUUUAUUUAUUAUACCAAAUCUUUCUCAAUGGAUCAAUAUGCUUUCAAAUGAAUGAUGUUUAAAUUAUGAUACUGGAUUGAAUUAGAAAUGUGAUAACGUGACGAUAAUGGAAAUAGUAUAUCAACCUGAUGAUGAUAAUGAUAACAAGUUUAUAGCAAAAUGUCCCUCCGUGACUAAGCAGUCUAGAAGGAGAGUGGUCCUCUGGGAUGUUGUGCUCCCUGUCCCCUUGUUCCUGCAAUCACUAUAAGAGGUUAAUGUAACUCUCCAGUGUUUUGGGAUUUCUGUGAAAUAUGACCUAUUAUUAAUUACAAUAUUAGUGAAAGUUUUCCUUCCCCCAAAAAAUGUAUUAUGUUAAAAAACAGCUUUUCUUUGUUGGAAUGUUGUGGGGCGUGCCCCAACAACAGAAUGGUGUUGGCGUAUACCGGUCAUUAAAAAUAUUCACACGACUAGACCACUGAUUGGCUAGCUCAUCCUCCUCAGGAAGAUGACCAUCCUCUCUGAGGAAAUAACCAAGCAUUUUUUUCACUGUUUGAGGUUGGGUUUUUCAAGUGUUUUGUCUCCAAUUUAUGCUUUGGCCACAAAUACUAGUAUAGGAUGAGUCAACAGCAUUAUUUGCGUAUGAGUUAACAGAAUAUGAACUUUUAAAUGUGUUUUUUUACUGGAAAGUUACUUUAAGAACCCUCACACACACACACACACACACACACACACACACACACACACACACACACACACACACACACAGACACACACACACACACACACACACACACACACACACACACACACACACACACACACACACACACACACACACACACACACACACACACACACACACACACACACACACACACACACACACACACACACACACACACACACACACACACACACACACACACACACACACACACACACACAGACCACUCCGUGUGUGUUUUUUACAGUCUGAGCUAGCUGGACAAAUGUAUCUGUCUCCUCUCACUCAUUCAACUGGUAAUGUGUGGGCUGGUCGGAUGAACACUCCACUAUAAUUGGACAGCUUGUUCUCUCACUGAGUUUCUAAUGUCAAGGCUAUCUGGAUGGAAUGGACACUAUUUCCUGUAAUGACACUGACUCUCCCUCCUUGACUGGACUCGCGUGCCCUUUUGAGACCUUGGCCCCUGUAUCUUUCUUUUUGUUCUCAGCUGAGAUACAGUCGCACCUCCUGCCGUUAUCAGAGAGGGUAACCCGUUAGCAUCGAUUAUUAGGAUGUAUUUUUGUAAUAAGCACAGAGGGAUUGUGGUCGAGCCCUACUCGGGGAUGUGCUUGAUGGGGUUUUCAUGAUGCCUUGGUCUGGUCAGGUCAGUGGCCACUGCAGCUGUCAGCGAUACCCAGCGGUCACCCAGCUGCGCCAUUUCUCCUUCUCCAUUGUCUCUCCUAACAUGAACUAUCUCUAAGGAUAGGAGGAUGUCUGGGUACCAGUACAGGACAUGAAUAUCCACCAGAGACCUGCCUGCUGAGAGGAGGGCACCCACUCAAAACACAACUAGAUUUAUGAAUAUUGCUAAGAUAUAUUUACUUACAGUCUAUAUAUACAGAUCUAUUUGAGGUGAAACGUUCUAUGGCAGUUGCAACAACAAAAAACAUGUACAUUUCUCAGCCGUCUUUUCUAAGGUGAAAUAUUUUUGUAGGAAAAUAAAGAGGGGGUAAGACGGA